CGGCCGCUGCAGGCGGCCGUCAAGUUUCAGCCGAAGGGCAUGAGAGGAGUAUCCCCGAGGGCGCCUGCAAGAUCGAAAAGGCGGUGCUGCUGUCCGGGGCAACCCCCGAGGAAACGGCAGCCCGACGGUGGUUGGCAAGCGUCUGGUUCGGUGGCGGUGGCUUCCCCAAGCCCAGCAUCGAGGCUGGGCCAAAGGAGUACGCACCCGAGGGGCCUUUGUCUCAGUACGCCGGCAGUUUGCGCUGCGUGUCCGGAGGCAUCAGGGAGCGAGUCCUGGACGUGCAGUGCGGCGGCGGAAGCAGCAGCGGCAGCGGCAGUGGCAGCACACCGUUACGUUGAGAUACACAGUGGAGUCGGGGCCGUUUCCGGUGAAGUUCCACCUCGGUGUCGUAACGUGCUCGCGGCAUCCCGAGGACAGCGGCCAGGUGAAUUUGCAGUGGGCCUGCUACUACGUGCCUUUCACCGGCAUGGGCCUGGUCGUAGCCUCGAUUAUUCACGGGUCUUUUUCCUGGAUGAUGCGUUCCGUGCGCUCGUCCAUUUGAUGGAGAAACGGGGGCAUGAGAAAAUCGGAGAGGGCCGCGCGGAGCAGAGC